UAGAUUUAUACUGGAAGCAUCCUUGGAAAACGGGUAGCCGUCUCGAUCAUUUCUAUAUCAUGAUAAUACCGCUUUCCACAAAUCUGGUAAAGUUUCUGGAAAGAAAUUGGCGAACUUAUAAUUCGUCCAUUAAUGUUACGGUGGCAAAUUAUAUGCGCGAAUAUACGAAACGAUUAUACCUGCACCCUUCAACGCAAUACCACAUCUUCAUUAAAGCUGUAACAGUUUUGGGGAUGUCUAGCACAGUAAAAUACAAAGAAUUCAAAACACCUUCCAGCUUAAAGUUCAGCGGUCCUCUAAAAUAUGUAAUGCACGAUUCAAUGAUUUCAUUAAAUAUUCCGCAUAUUGUAAACUAUACAAAGGACAGCACAAUACACGUCAUAGUAAAAGGACCAUUGCCCAAUGGUUGCAAAGGAUAUUUGAGAGUACCUGAAGAUCUGCAAGCUAUAGCAGACAUAGAUGUGUCCCAUGUCGCUUGGGAAGCCGCUGAAAUUUCGAGUCAACAAAAUCUUAACAAACCAUUUACGAUCGGCAACAAUAAAAUGUAUGGCAGAGCCAAGAAUUGCCAAUUGCAACCUAAGGAAUCGUACGACAACGUUAUUGUAACUGAGAAUAAUGAAAAUUCACUUAUUGAUCCGAUCAUGCUCAAAAUAACAGUUCUCAACGAUGAGAUUUCACCACGGCCACGUCACGAAGCAUGGCUCAUACCUGUAAUAUUAAUUCUCAUCAUGGCAGCCGUGUUACUGUAUUUGUACCGCAGGAAAAGGCAGACAGCGAUUAAAUUAAUGCUGCAUACCGACAUACCCUUAUCUCAUAACAUCGAGAAUUAUGAGCAUGAAAGACAUUCUGUAAUAUCAAAUUCGGAACAGAGUCUCUCAACUCUUUCCGACAGGCAAUCGCGAGUAACUUCAUAUCAUCAUUAUGAAGAGAUAAAGGAAAUAACAUGGAUAGUGAAAGUAAAAGAUUUCGACACUUUUGUUAAACAGGCAAUAGAAACAGGAUUGCUGAAUCAGCAAUGCGAGAAGUUACCAAAACGACACACUCAAUCAUGUGUUUAUGGUAAGCUUCCACAGAAUAUAAUAAAAAAUCGAUGCGAGAAUCUUGUUCCAAAUGACGAUACGCGCGUUGUGCUGAAGCAACUUCCGAGCGAUCCUCAUUCCGAUUAUAUCAAUGCCAAUUACAUCACCGGCUAUAGGAAGAAGAAACAUUACAUAGCCACUCAAGGACCCAAACCCAACACGGUUAUCGAUUCCUGGCGCAUGAUUUGGCAAGAGAAUGUUCUAAUUAUUUGUAUGCUGACAAAUGUAAUUGAAAAUGGAAAGACUAAGUGCGAGCAAUAUUGGCCAGAUAUCGGCAAUAAGAAGAAAUACGGCAAUAUUAUUGUGCUGAAUGCGAAGCAACAUGUCACAGCCGAUUAUUGCUUCAGAACUUUCCAAAUCACUUACGGAAGAGAAACGCGGAAGGUGGAACAUCUGCAUUAUACGGCUUGGCCGGAUCGUGGUGUACCAUGGUACACACACUCCAUAGUAACGUAUCUGAAAAAAUUAUUGGCAACUCCACCUGGUAAUGGCUCCGUGAUAGUCCAUUGUAGUACAGGCGUCGGCAGAACCGGAGUCAUCAUUCUGUGCGACAUUUGUCUCCGUCAAGCAGCGGCCGAAGGAGUGGUCGACAUUUUUGCCAAAACGGUAUCCAUUAAAAGCGAGAGAGCUAAUAUAAUUCACAGUAAGCAACAGUACUUAUUAGCACAUUUGGUGUUGAUGGAAUGUUUACUUUCCAUGCCGACCACGUUACCGUGCAAUAAGAUGUUGUCAAAGCAAAUCCAAGAAUUGAUAAAACAAUUACCAGAGCAACAACAAAGAUUACAAAAUACUGCAUGGCAAGACGAAGCUCUGCAACCGAUCCCGUUGGCACCGCCAUUGUCGGAGUGUAAUCGUAAAAAGAACAGAUUUCCGGAAUUGAUUUCAGAUAAAAUCAGCAGAAUAUAUUUGACGAGAUAUCCAGCAUCAGACGAGGACAGCGAUUAUCUAUCUGCUGUUUACGUAGACGGAGUAAAACUUCAGAAACAAUAUUUAGCCACCCAACUGCCCAUGCCAUCAACUAUUAGUGAUUUUUGGCGUAUGGUUGCCGAAUUCAAAGUGGAACUCAUUCUCAUGCUGCAGUUGCCUGACCCUCAAGAUCCUACUUGCUGUGGAAUCGCUCCUGCGAGCGGCGAGUUUAAACCAACGCCAUAUUUAAACAUUACAGUGAAGGAAAUUGUAGAACUGAAGUAUCAUACAUCACAAAAAUUGUUACUCGUUGAUAAUUCCGAGAAACCAUCGAGGGAUCGAUCCGUGACUAUACUCCGUCUUACAGAAUGGGAACCCGGAAGGAAUCAACCACCGCCAUCAGUCAUGACGAUGGUGAUGUUUUGGCAAGCCGCAGAAAGAAUUGCAAGAGGCGACGGACCUACUGUCACAAUUUGCCAUGACGGAGUAACUGGAUGCGGUCUCUAUUUAGCGUUGAGUUUUCUGCUAGAACGAAUGGCGGUUGAGAAAGAAUUCGAUGUUUAUUCAGCAGUACGUGCAGUUCGACGAUCAAGACCGGAUUUUGUCGAAUCAUUGGAACAUUUGGAAUAUCUGUAUAAUGCCGCAGUAGCAUAUUUGGAGCACUUCAAACCUUAUGCGAAUUUUUCAUGAAUAAUUUUAAAUAAGUUGCUCAUAUGAGACAAUAAUAUAAUAUUAAUAUAUAUUAAUAAACGCUAUUAUAUUACUAUAAUGCAAUAGAAAAGCCGAAGGCAAUAGAUAUUUGCUAUAAUCAAUCUGCAUGUUUAGUAAUAAGAAAAAUAGAGAUCUUAUUUUUUAUUGCAAAGUAAUGUCAUUUUAUAACAGUUUGUAAUAUAUUUUAUUAUAGACAAAUAAAAUAUUAAUGUGAAGUAUAACGCGGUUUAAUAUUUUACUCACUUUUCGUGCUAUCAUAAGGCCAAAGUAAACUUCUUUCAAUCUUAUGGAUACAUUAUCAUGUGAUAAUCUCUCAUGCAAUGCUUUGAUGAUGCGCGCAUAUAUAGCCGUAUGAUUAUUCCCGAAUUGUGAUAUGUAAACAUUUAUUAAACCGAUUACGUUAAAGCUUUUUUACAAAAGUGAGCGUGUAUACACACGUGCUCGAAUCUUUUAUAACAUGCUUGUAACUGGCCCGUCUACCAUCAGCAGUGCAAAUAUCGCAGUAUUGCUAACACGUCAUCAGAUUUAUUUGCAUGAAGUGAAAGAGUUGCAACAUCUUACAAUAACAUAAAAUCUUAUAAGUCUCCUAAGAAAAUUUGAAUAAAGAAGACUUUCUAACUUCUCUUUUUAUGUUUAACUUAAAUUUCUUACAAUUUUUUAUUUAUAUAAAUCAUUUAUACGAAUCAAUUUUAUGUUUUUAUAGUACAAUUUUCUUAAAUAUUUUUUCGUUCAAGGCGCUUCCUUAUCCACUGCUGAAAAGAAUCCAAGACAAGGUCGAGGCAGCUGUAGUAAAUUAAUCUCAAUGUACUAAUAUUAGCAUAUUUGUGUUAUCAAUUCGCAUUCUACUCAGUUACGUCUCAUGCUCUUAUUUAAGCUUAUGAAACAGAAAUAAAAUUCUUCAAGUAAAAAUAAAAUAAAGAAAUAUCAUAUAAACGAAAACUGUGCAUAAAUCUCAGGAUGUUUCAAUUUAGAUAUCCGCGCUGGACAUGAACUUCAGAAUUUUAACAGUUAUCAUUGAUUCCCUCCGAAUUCUACGUUUGGGCACGAAACACAAAAUUCCGCGAUACGCGAACGGAUGUGGUCUACUUAGUGCUACAAAUGUUUCAAAAUAUUUUCUAUCCUUUUUUCUUUCAAGUAAAAAGAAAGACAGAAAGUGUUUUGAAGUAUUUGUAGCGCUAAGUGGACUGUAUCCAACGCUCGAGAUCCGAGCGUAUUUC